GCAUCACGUUCCGACUUCCGAUCCACCACCACCCUACACGUCCCGAUGGAGCUACUACUACCGCCAUGGGCCUCCUCCUCCUCCUCCUCCUCCCUCGGCGCCGUGCUGGCCGCCGCGCUCCUCCUCGUCACCGUCCUCUGCCGCAGGCGCAGCUCCACCACCCGCAGUCGCAAGUACAACCUCCCGCCGGGCCCCCGGCCGUGGCCGGUGAUCGGCAACCUGAACCUGAUCGGCUCGCUCCCGCACCGCUCUAUCCACGAACUCUCGGCGCGGCACGGCCCGCUCAUGUCCCUCCGCUUUGGCUCCGUCCCCGUCGUCGUCGGCGCCUCCGUGGACGCCGCCAGGUUCAUCCUCAAGACCCACGACGUCGCCUUCAUCGACCGCCCCAAGAUGGCCUCCGGGAGGUACACCGCCUACAACUUCUCCGACAUCGUCUGGUCCCCCUACGGCGCGUACUGGCGCCAGGCGCGCAAGCUCUGGCAGACCAAGCUCUUCAGCGCCAGGCAGCUCCGGUCGCAGGAGCACGUCCGCCUCGAGGAGGUGCGCGACCUGCUCCGCGGCCUGCACGGGCUCGCCGAGGGGCGCGUGGCGGUGGCGCUCAAGGAGCACCUGCUCAUGCUGAACCUGAACGUGAUCUCGCGCAUGGCGCUGGGGAGGAAGUACGUAGGCGAGGGCACCGCGGGGUCCCCGGUCUCGCCGGCCGAGUUCAGGUGGAUGGUCGACGAGCUGUUCGUCCUCAACGGCGUGUUCAGCAUCGGGGACUUCAUCCCGUGGCUUAACUGCCUGGACCUGCAGGGGUACAUCGCCAGGAUGAAGAGGCUCGGCAAGAUGUUCGACCGGUUCCUGGAGCACGUGGUGGACGAGCACAACGAGCGGCGGCGGCGGGAGGGCGAGGGGUUCGUCGCCAAAGACAUGGUGGACCUGCUGCUGGAGCUCGCUGACGACCCCAGCCUCGAGGUCCCGAUCGAGCGGGAUGGCGUCAAGGGAUUCGCUCUGGACCUCAUCGCCGGCGGCACGGACACAUCGGCGGUGGCCACCGAGUGGGCGAUGUCGGAGCUCCUGCGGAACCCGGAGGUCAUGGCCAAGGCCACCGAGGAGCUCGACAGCGUCGUCGGCCACGGCCGCCUCCUCGUCACGGAGGAGGACAUCCCGAAGCUCCCGUACCUGGAGGCCGUCGUGAAGGAGACCUUCCGCCUGCACCCUGUGACGCCCCUGCUGGCCCCGCGGCUGUCCCGCGAGGACGCGUCGUCCACGGGCGGCGGCGGCGGCGGCGGCUACGACAUCCCGGCGGGCACGCUCGUGUUCGUCAACAUAUGGACCAUCGGCCGCGACCCCGCCGUGUGGGGCCGCGCGGCGGAGGAGUUCCGGCCGGAGCGGUUCGUCGGGAGCAGCGUGGACGUGAAGGGGCAGGACCUCGAGCUGCUGCCGUUCGGGUCCGGCCGCCGGAUGUGCCCGGGGUACACCCUCGGGCUCAAGAUGGUGCAGCUGACGCUGGCGAACCUGCUGCACGCGUUCGCGUGGAGGCUCCCCGACGGCGUGGCGGCGGAGGAGCUGAGCAUGGAGGAAAAGUUCGGGCUGGCCGUCCCGCGCAAGGUCCCGCUCGAGGCCGUCGCCGAGCCCAGGCUCCCGGCGCACCUCUACGCGACUGCGCCGUGAUCGCCGUGAUGCAUGGUGGAAGACUGGCAAGUCUGUCUGGCUGCAUCCUAAUACAUCUGCCUAUGAAUGAGACAUGCAUGAUGCAUGUGCUUGCGACGGCAAUAAAGAAGAUUCUGCCUCCUAUACCUCUACGCGACUGAUGGGCCGUGAUGCAUGGUCGAAGACUGGCAAGUCUGUCUGGCUGCCUCCUACAUCUGCGUAUAUAUGAAUAAGACAUGCAUGAUGCAUUUGCUUGUGACGGGCAAUAAAGAAGAUUCUGUUUAUGUUGUUUCUUUGUGUUUUAUCAUUGAUUGUGUGUGUGUAUCUCUGGAGUUUUACUUUUUGAACUCGACUGUCUGAACCAUACAUAUUACAAAUGCAAGCUGAGA